AUGGAUAUCCUGGUGGUCCGGUUGAUAGUUUUGUCCUUAGGACAUUCGGCGAUCAUGUGGCGAUUCGACUCUGGGAUGACGUGCUACGAAAUGAUCGACAAAAGGAUCAUUUCUGCAUUCGUAGAAUGGUGGCUUCGUGACAUCAAUAGCUUUCAUCUCCCAAUUGGAGAGAUGACGAUAACUUUGGACGAUGUGUCCUCUCUGCUGCAUAUCCCCAUCACCGGUGCAUUCUUUAGUGUUAAUGUAUUUAACAAGGAUGACGGUGCAGAUAUAUUGACAGAGUUUCUUGGAGUUAGUCACGAUGUUGCUUAUGCUGAAUUUAAUGUCACGCGGACAACCACAGUUCGGUAUAGUUGGUUACUUGAGGUAUACUAUCAGCAUUGUCGUGACCAGCAUUGGCAGAUGGUUGCGAGAAUAUUUCUUUUGUUUUUGGUCGGUUGCACACUUUUCAGCGAUAAGAGUGCCUACGCAGUUAGCGUUGCCUAUCUUGAGUGCUUCCGAGACCUCAAUUCUUGCGAGAGAUAUGCAUGGGGUGCAACUGCUCUUGCUUACCUAUAUGACAAUCUUCGAAAAGCCAUCAUGCAUCAAACUAGAACUGUUUCAGGGCAUCUAACACUUUUACAGGCGUGGGUCUAUGAGCAUUUUCCUAUAUUAUGUAGAGAUUAUUGUAGACUUUAUUCUAGUUAUGUUGAAGACUACCCUAGAGCACUUAAAUGGAAGCUUAAAAGGGAUAAGAGUUUGGUUCUUCCAUUUAGGAAAGCUCUUGAUGAGAUUGGCAUUGAUGAGGUCUAUUGGACACCAUAUGAGGAGCAUCGAUUGAGGCGACCUUUUGAAGAGGUUUUUUUAUUUCGAGGGUGGAUACGCUGGGCUCCGAAUAUGUAUGCUCAUAUGCCAGACAUAAUAUUGCGGCAAUACGUGGAUGCUGGCACAGUUGUGCAGGGACAUGUAGUCUGCUCGAAUGAUUACAUUGACUGGUUUCGCAUGAUUUCUCAUCCAUACAUCAUUUGUAGAGAACCACUCCAUGAAGAACCUACCGUUCAUGCAGCUGAUGCAGAACCUACUGAUCAUGCAUAUGAUGAUGUCACUCAUGCAGCUGAUGACGUCGAUCCCGCAGAUGACACAAUUCACAUAAUGAUAAUUCUGAAGGUUUAUCCGAUCCAUCAUCAUGAAAAGUUAAUUUAG